AUGACCACUACCUGUUUAUCACCGUUGCCUCUGGCGAGCAUUGAGAAUCUUUCUUCUGUGAGCGAAUCGUCAGACUACCCCUUUCACGACGACGAUGACGACGAGGAAGACUGUAGUCGUCAAGAGCACCACAAGCCCGCGAAAAAAGAUGACGACGACAAUGUGUCGUUGGCCGUGAGUCUGGGAGCCUUGGUGAACGACACGCGCCGCGGUGUGGACGAUGCCAGCAAUCGAUCCUUGCCGCUGAUGCAGUUUGAAUUCGAUAUGGGUGCAGGUGCUGCUCGCAUGUCCGAAGACGACAACAAAUCCAUGAAAUCCUUCAUGAUGCGCAUGAACAGUACCAAUAACCUCUCGUACUUUCAAGAUGCUCCCGAAAAAGACGGCAGCGUUCCUGUCAAUGUCAAUGUCAUGACAUCGUUGCGUCAUCAAACCUCCCGCGAUGACUUGGCGUUGACGGAUACCGGUCGGGCUCCCAGUCCUCAUAGCUUGUUUCUCGAUAUCAUCAAGGGCAUUACCGGUAUUGAUCUACCCGAUACCUACUGGAAAAACUACUUUGAAGAGAUAUCCGACGAACGCGUCCAAGCCUAUUCCAUGGAGACUGUCCGGGCUGCUCGGAAUCAAGAUGUCGAAGCAUUGACACGCAUUUAUAAGGAAAAGGGAAAGGGACCUCUCGAAGCCUGCAACAAGCAAGGGGAAUCCAUCGUCCACUUGGCAUGUCGUCGUCGCAACGAUGCUUUGGUCAGUUUCUUGGUGGGUGAUGCCAAGGUAUCCUUGCACGUGCGAGAUGACUGGGGCAAGACACCGUUGCACGAAUUGUGCUGGAACUCGAGGGCGAGAUCGCGUGGACAAUUCGAUUCCUUUCGGUUGCUGCUCAAGGAAGCACCGGAAUUGCUCUUUGCCAAGGAUUCGCGUGGCUUUACCCCGUUGCAAUACGUCCCCAAGGAAAGUUGGAAAGAUUGGCAACGGUUCUUGGAACGAUACAAGAAACUAAUUCGGUGCAAGGUGCAACUUAUUGGGUUUGUCCAGUCGAGAACCAAGUUGCAAGAGACGCUGGAACGGGCCAAUUCGACCAUGACACUGUUAUCCUCCAAGACUCGACUGUCCGCGAGAUCGUCCUUGACCAAGUUGUCGGGGGAGACGGGGAGUUCCAAGUAG